AAGGCAGACUGGGUCUUGAGCAGCUGGCCCUGGAUGUGAUUGGAAGAAAGGGUCCUUCCUGGGGGACUCAGAGGCUGGGAGGACCCUCCCAGAGUACGCUGGCUGAAAACCGGAAGUUGUGCUGAGACUGGGCUGCCUUCUUCCCUCCAAAUUAAGAUUUCUCUGCCUUCCUCCCUCACAGCUGAGAUCACUGCUGCCUUCUCUUGUACCUGAGAUCUCUGCCUUCUUGAUGCUAUCUCUGUGGGUGCAGAUCCCAGGCCAGCCUCCUGCCCUGGGAUCCUUCUCCCUCCCCAGCUCAGUGUGCAGAGGACCAAGGCCUCACCUAGCAGGGAGCCUGGAACCAGAGGGAAUGGUCCCUGGGAGCCGCAGACCCUCAGCCCAGGAGUUGGUGACAUUCAAAGAGGUGGCUGUGGACUUUACCCAGGAGGAGUGGGGCCUCUUGGACCAUCCUCAGAAGGAGUUGUACAAGGAGGUCAUGCUGGAGAAUGCCCAGAACCUGCUCUCCCUGGGGCUUCCAGUUCCCAGGCAAGAAUUGAUCUCUUAUUUUGAAGAAAAAGAAGCACCAUGGCUGCUGGAGCAAGAAGGCCUCAGGAGCUGCUGCCCAGAAAAAGAGAUUAGACCUAAAAUGAAAGAGACUACAGCAAAGCUAAGCAUUUCUGUGAAAGAAACUCACAAGGAAAACUUCAUGAGUGAUGGUUCCUGUGACUUCACUGGGAGACAAAUAUGUGCUGUACUUCACAAAAUCCACACAGGAGAGAAAUGUUACAAUUGUCAGCAUUGUAGGAAAGAGCCUUGUCAACAGUCAUCCCUCAUUUACCAUAACAAAAUUAAUACUAGAGAGAAACCCCAUGAGUGUCAAGAAUAUGGCGAAGCUUUUAGCGAACAUUCAUCCCUCAUUAUACAUCAGAGAAAUCACACUGGCAGGAAACCUUAUGAAUGUAAUCAAUGUGGAAAGACUUUUAGAAGAAGCUUUCAUCUUGCUAAACAUCAGGGAAUCCACACUGGAGAGAAACUUUAUGAAUGUGAUCAAUAUAGAAAGCCUUGUAGAAGUACCUCUGAUCUUGCUCAACAUAGGGCAAUCCACAUUGAAGAGAAAACUUAUGAAUGUGAUCAGUGUGGUAAGUCUUUCACACAGAUCUCCAGUCUUGCUGCACAUCAGAGAAUCCACACUGGAGAGAAACCUUAUAAAUGCAAUCAAUGUGGAAAGUCUUUCACACAGAACUCCCAUCUUGCUGCACAUCAGAGAAUCCACACUGGAGAGAAACCUUAUAAAUGCAAUCAGUGUGGAAAGUCUUUCACACAUAACUCCCAUCUUGCUGCACAUCAGAGAAUCCACACUGGAGAGAAACCUUAUGAAUGCAAUCAGUGUGGAAAGUCUUUCACACAUAACUCCCAUCUUGCUGUACAUCAGAGAAUCCACACUGGAGAGAAACCUUAUGAAUGCAAUCAAUGUGGAAAGUCUUUCACACAGAACUCCCAUCUUGCUGCACAUCAGAGAAUCCACACUGGAGAGAAACCUUAUGAAUGUAAUCAGUGUGGAAAGGCUUUCACACAGAGCUGCAGCCUUAUUAAACAUCAAAGACUCCACACUGGAGAGAAACCUUGUGAAUGUGAUCAAUAUAGGAAGGCUUGUAGAAGUACCUCUGAUCUUGUUCGACAUUGGGCAAUCCACUGUGAAGAGAAAACUCAUGAAUGUGAUCAGUGUGGAAAGUCUUUUACACAGAUCUCCAGUCUUUCUGUACAUAAGAGAAUCCACACUGGAGAGAAACCUUAUGAAUGUGGUCAAUGUGGAAAGGCUUGUAGAAGUACCUCUGAUCUUGCUCAACAUCGGGCAAUCCACAUUGAAGAGAAAACUUAUGAAUGUGAUCAGUGUGGAAAGGCUUUCACACAGAUCUCCAGUCUUGCUGCACAUCAGAGAAUCCACACUGGAGAGAAACCUUAUAAAUGCAAUCAAUGUGGAAAGUCUUUCACACAGAACUCCCAUCUUGCUGUACAUCAGAGAAUCCACACUGGAGAGAAACCUUAUGAGUGCAAUCAAUGUGGAAAGUCUUUCACACAGAGUUCCAGUCUUACUGUACAUAAGAGAAUUCACACUGGAGAGAAACCUUAUGAAUGUGAUCAAUGUGGAAAGGCUUUCAGGUGCAGCUCCAGUCUUGCUAAACAUCAGAGAAUCCACACUGAAGAGAAACCUCAUGAAUGUGAUCAAUAUAGAAAGGCUUGUAGAAGUACCUCUGGUCUUGCUCAACAUAGGGCAGUCCACACUGAAGAGAAACCUUAUGAAUGUGAUCAAUGUGGAAAGGCUUUCACACAGACCUGCAGCCUUAUUAAACAUCAAAGACUCCACACUGGAGAAAAACCUUAUGAAUGUAAUCAUUGUGGAAAGGCUUUCAGGUGUAGAAGUCAUCUUACUCUACAUCAAAGAAACCACACUGGAGAGAAACCUUAUGAAUGUAAUCAGUGUGGAAAGGCUUUCACACAGAGCUCACACCUUAUUAAACAUCAUAGAAACCACACUGUAGAGAAACCUUAUGAAUGUAAUCUGUGUGGAAAGGCUUUCAGAUGCAAAAGCCAUAUUAGUCUGCAUCAGAGAAACCACACAGGAGAGAAAUGUUAUAGAUGUAAUUAGUGUGCAAAGGCUUUGAGAUGUAAAAGUGACCUUAGUCUACAUCAGAGACUCCACAGUGGAGAGAGACCUUAUGAAUGUAAUCAGUGUGGAAACUUACCAUCAAAGCUCCAAACUUACCAUCAAAGCUCCAAACUUACCAUCAAAGAGUCCACACUGGAGAGAAGCCUUAUGAAUGUAUGCACUAUAGAAAGGCUUUCAUGUGUAAAAGUGAUCUUAGUCUACAUCAGGGAAACCAUACUGGAGAGAAACCUUAUGAAUAUAAUCAGUGUGGAUAAGCUGUCACACAGAGCUCCAAACUUAUUCAACAUCAAAGACUCCUCACUAGAGAGAAACCUGUUGAAUGUCAUCAGUGUGGUAAGGCUUUCAGGUAUAAAAGCCAUCUUAGUCUACAUCAGAGAAUCCACACUGGAGAGAAACCUUAUGAAUGUAAUCAAUGUGGAAAGGCUUUCACAUGGAACUCCAGCCUUAUUAAUCAUCAAAGAAUCCACACUGGAGGGAAACCUUAUGAAUGUAAAUCAGUGUGGAAAGGCUUUCAAGUAUAAAAGUGAUUAUAGUCUACAUCAGAGACUCCACACUGGAGAGAAACUAUAUAAAUGUGAUCAAUGUGGAAAAGCUUUCUGAUUAAACUGGAAACUUGCUCUACAUGAGAUAAUCCACAUUGGAGAGAAACCUUAUCAGUGUAAUUAAUGUGACAAGGCUUUCCCACUGAGCUCAAAUCCUGGUCAACAUCAGAGAAUCCACACUUCAAAAAUCUUACGAGUGUUUAGAAUGUGAUAAAACUUUAUGUACACCAUCUCCUUUCCAAACAAAUCUGAUGAAUGAAAAGUCCAUUUCUGGGUAAUCAUUUCCUUAAUCCUGGCUAGUGAAUAUUUAAUAAAAGAAUAGUCAUUUAGCUAUC